GGUAUUGGCAAUAGUCCAAUAUGUAGUUGAUUGCAAUUAAGAAAAAUCUAAGGCCACUUAUCCAAACAAAAUAUGACAUUUUCCUCACAUGUAUUCUAGCACUCCUUUUUUAAAGAUAAAAACUGUGUGGCAGAGAUAAUGAUACUGAUACAUGGAUGGAAAUUUAAAGGACGGAGAGAAGAAUCAGAAGGUUGAAUCUAUUAUCUUUGAUUUUAGAUUCUUUUUCUGUAUUUACUUUGAUGUUCUUAUGGAGGUCUAUGUUCUAUAAAGACAGGGAAUCGAUGAUUGCAUAAUAUGGCUUACUCCAGCGCCGAUUAUCAUCAUUCUUAUCUGGGUGAGAGUUAUCAAAUUCCCUAUAGUAGAAAUUAUGAUAAUGUUCCAUCGCAAGUUUUAAUGGCCGAUUCCAGCCAAGAAUUCAGCAACCAAAACUUCUUUGAGUACAAUCCCACCUCUUAUUAUGAUGCCUAUUAUCUUUCUAUGAACCACUCAGUAAUUGCUGAUUCUAGCCAUGAAUUCAGCAACCAAAACUUCUUUCAGUACAAUCCCACUCCUUAUUAUGAUGCUUCUUAUCCUUCUGUGAACCACUCAGCAAUUGCAUACUCUGUAUCCACAUUCUGUGAGCCAAAAUCCAUCGUGUAUGAUCUUUACCAUGGCGAUUACAAUCCUUCUGUUACUCAUAGUAGAGUCUCUUACUCUAUCUCAAAUUCAGAGUUUGAUGAUACUGAAUUUGAAGAAUAUGAUCCAACACCUUAUUGUGGAGGUUAUGAUAUUACUCAAACGUAUGGCAAACCCCUUCCGCCCUCAGAUAAUCUAUGUUAUCCUCGUUCGAUGUCAGAUUCAAGUGUUUUGCCUUCGAACGGUGUCAAUCUUGGAUCCAUAGAGUCUCCUUACGGGAAGAAAGAUGUCGACGAGUCUGCAGCAAAACCUCAUAUUGAAAGUAAACAAGCUCCAACCAAUGAAGAUACGCUGCAGGCUAGCAAAGGAGAUGGACAAAACAAAGAGUAUGACAAUACUCACGGCAGUUCCACCGGAGAAGAUGGUCAUGAAAAUAAUUGUGAAGAUAACCCUGCCAGGCCUAACAAUGGAAACCGAUCAAACGAAGGAAAUAGCUAUGAAUACGACACACGAGUAACUCAAACUCCAUCCGGGUAUGGCUUGGAAGCAAUGGACCUUUGUGAAAGCAUAUUUGGUUAUUGGCCUUGUUUAGCUAGGAAUAACAAGAGAGGCCAUGAUUGUCAACAAGUUUUUAAUGAAGAAAGCAGCAGCAACCUGUGGAAAGAAACUGCAGAUUAUCUUUUUGGAAGUUCAAAUCCGUAUGGCGAAAACAGGGAUGAAGGAGGUAGUUAUUGAGAUCCAAUCUAUAACUAUGAAAGGCAUUAUCAGGAACAAGCUCUUCACAAACAGGUUGAGUAUGAUGAUGAUUCUUGGAUGCACAAGUUUAAGAUUUUUUGAUCCGAUCUUGUAACAUGUCUAUUGUUUCUUUCUGUAUAAUAAUAUUUGACAAUUGACAGCAUUCAUGGCUUCCAUAUUGAGCUUGAAGUCUAGAUUAGUUAGUAUUAUUUUAAAUUUCAUUAAGACUCUCCAGACUGCAGGGGACUAUGCAAGAUAUGGCGACAUCCAGAGCUAGAUCCCACCUCCACCAUCACGCCCAAUAUUGAAUUUGGGGCAAUUUAAGUGGCCUCGAUGGAAAUAAUUUAGGAUUGAAGAAAUGAGGAAAAGGAAAAUGUUUGAAACAUGAUAUAGCCACUUUUUACAUGAUUGUUAUUGUUCAAUGACUUUUUUUUUUU